CACCGACUUUUGAAAGCUAUAUUUGCUCCCCAAAUGUAAUUUCGUAGGAUUCUCGAUUCACAACAAUGUUUCAUUGUCACGGCGGCGUCUCCAUUAGUAGCAAUGCAUCCUUGCGUUAACCUACGCUGACGCAGUUACAUAGUUAUGUUUAAAUAUAUCAUUCCUGGCUUGUAACUUUUUUAUCCGGUAAACAGACUCAAUGUUUUACUAAUUUAAAUAAGUAGAAUUUUUUGAUUGCCUAAAUGUUACGAAUGUGCGAGUAGACGUUCACCAGAACUGUACCUUUAUGGGACGGGUAGAAAUAUGACGUUUGUUGAAACAAAGAGAUCAUAGACAUCAAACAGUUGGAGAAUAAUAGAUUCAAAUAAAGUAACUUUAAAAAUGAAUAUCGUCCAAAACAUCUUUAUUGAUAUAGUGCUUUCACGACAGCUGAAGCUGUAACCAAAUCUAUUUACAGAACAGUUAACAUGAAGUACCAAAAACAAUAUAACAGAACAUAUGAAAUAUGGACAGGCAUACAGUUGUAACAACGAUUCCUGCAUACAACUUGUUGUUUGAAGUAGUUUUAGAUGAAAGAGGAAAGAUCAAAGUCUUCUUCCAUCAAUGAAUCAGAGACGUCAUGAUCAAAACGUACAUAACGUCCAACACGUUUGAUCCAAGCUAAAUUUGGAAGCAGCACACAAGAGGAAAAAGAUGGAGGGUGCGUGGGGAGAUUCCUGGAGGGUCAGUUGAACACGUGCAGUGUUCGAUCAAUACCUGGGUCAGCGUGUAAACAAAUCCAUGCUCAACUAGGCCUCCAUUUUUGGGAAAUGAUGAGGCAAGUGUCCAAUGCCAAACACACCAUUAUGAGUUAGUGAUCAUCCUUUCAAUCAGAAAGACUUUUGCUUCAUUUUGACCAAUCAAUUGCAGCAGAACUAAGUAUGACUCUGAUAUUCAUUGCAAAAUUAUAAAGUUUUCAGCAUCAGCUCUGACAGUAAUAUUGAUCUAAUUCUGUUUGUCCCUAAAGUUAAUAAGUAACAUCUCAAUUCUGGCUUGCGCGCUGUGUGAGUUAAUAAAAGGCCAUCUCCUGCACAUCAUCUCAUUUUUUUGGUUCCUCGCUUGCUGAAGUUUCCAACAUGCAAUUAUCUGUUCACUGGGUUGGGUGUGCGGCACUUUUGUCUCUCCUCAUAGUUGGAGAAGUGUGGUGCGCUUGUACCGAGGAUAAUAUGCAAAUAGAGGGAGGCCAUUACACACUGACCAAGGGACUAAAUGCAAACAGCAUGCUGGUCUACCACUGCCCCGAGGGUUUCUAUCCAUAUCCCUCCAGAAGGCGCGUGUGCCUGCUCACUGGCACAUGGAGCGAAAUGCCCCGACGCUCUAAACCUCAGACGUGCAGGAUGGUCGAGUGCCCGAACCCCUUUGUGCUGAUGCACGGCAGCGUUUAUCCUCCUCAGGAGAAAUACUUUGCAGACAACGAGACCACGUAUGAGUGCUACUCGGGCUACACGUUGCGAGGCUCAGCCAGGCGAGUCUGCUUACCAAACGGCAAGUGGAGUGGCUCCACUCCUAUUUGCAGCCGUGACUCAGGAAGUGAUUGUGCCGAUCCCGGGAUCCCAGCUGGCGCCUUGAGAACCGGGAAUUCGUUUGGACUUGACGACAAAGUGAAAUACAGCUGCACCGGCAAUCUGUUUCUGGUUGGCUCCAGUGUUCGAGUAUGCCUGGAGAACGGCCAAUGGACUGGCACGGAACCCGCUUGCUACUACGAUUACACUUAUGAUACUCCACUGGAAGUUUCAGAGGCUUUUGGCAGUGCAAUUAAAGGCAGCCUCACCACUUUGGAGCCCACAGAUGACACACAGGAGGGCAGAAAAAUCCGGAUUUCAAAAACAGGAACACUCAACAUCUACAUUGGUGUGGAUAUUUCUGAGAGCAUCGAAGAAAAAUACUACAUUGAUGCCAGGGAUACUGUAGCUAAACUUAUCACCAAGAUUUCAUCUUUUCCUAUCUCUCCAAACUACGAAGUCGUAUUUUUCUCCUCCGAAAUAUUUGAAGUUGUCAACAUUCUGGAUUUUUUGGACGGCAAAGUCCAACUGAACGUCUUGAAGACAAAAGUGGAAAGCUUCAAUAUUGGCACUGGAAACACAGCCGGAACCGAUCUCAACCUGGUCUUCAUGACCUUCUUGGAGCGAAUGGCACUCAUCAAGCAGCGAACAGGGGAAGAGGGUUUUAAGGAGCACCGUCACGUCAUCAUUCUGUUUACAGACGGGGCCUACAACAUGGGUGGUUCACCUGAGCCGACAGUUGAAAAAAUCAAGAACCUGGUAUACAUGGACCCCAAUUAUAAGCAGAAAGAGCCAUUGAGAGCAGAGUACCUGGACAUUUACAUUUUCGCCAUCGGAGCGCAGAUCUUUGAUGACGACUUGGAGCCUCUCGUCGUGGGGACGGGUGGCAACCAUUACUUCAGAAUGAAAGACAUCAAAAAACUGCAAAAGACAUUUGAUGAAAUUAUCGAUGAGGAUGAAGUCAAAGGCUUGUGUGGUCUUCACAAGGAUUAUGUCACCACUGAAAAAAGGGAAAACUAUCCAUGGUCAGCGCUGAUUGUUGUCCAGAACGAGGGUCGAGUUAUGAAGUGCAUGGGCUCUCUGGUGACACCCAUGUUCAUCUUGACCGCCGCUCACUGCUUCACGUUUGAAGAUCUGCCCAAGCACGUCACGGUUGACAUCGACGACGGACAGGGCAGAACCAAAAAAGUUAAGAAUUUCUUUUUACACCCAAAGUUCAACAUCAGCGCUAAAGUCAGCGAGGGCGUGAAGGAGUUUUACGACUAUGACGUGGCUCUCAUUCAACUUACCGAAUUUGUGAAAAUCUCCACUCUGGUCAGACCCAUUUGUAUACCCUGCACCCAGGAGACCAAUGAUGCUCUAAAACUGGUUGGUGAAUCCACCUGUGCAGAGCAAGAGCAGCUCCUGUUAAAGGACAUGGAGAAACUUACGUUCCUGACACGCAGCAAGACCAAAUGGGUGGAUGAAAAACACGUCCACGCUAAACUUGGCGAUAAGAGGGACGAAUGCAUUCAACACGCACUGGAGGCACCAGGAAUCACUGCACAGAAAGCAGAGAUUCCCGUGACGGAAAAUUUCCUGUGCACCGGUGGUCGCGCUCCCUUUAGAGAUCACAUAGCGUGUACAGGUGACUCUGGAGGAGCUGUCUUCAAGAACUACGAACAUCGCACAGUGCAGAUUGGAGUGGUCAGCUGGGGAAGCAAAAACCUGUGCAAGGGCGGCGGUGUCGUCGACUCCGACGACGACUCCCGUGAUUUCCACAUCAAUGUCUUCAGGGUUGUACCUUUCCUCAAAUCGAUCCUUGGAAACGACAACCAGGAUGAUUAUGCACCACUGGAGUUCUUGAAGAGCUAAAUGCUGCGGUUUGAUUUUGUUUUUAGAGUUUACCUGAAGGGGAGACAAGGAAUUCACAUUAAUAUUAUCGCGCAUGUUUUUCGUAAAUGUAAAGCCGAUAUCACUUUUUUAGUCACAUUGAUUGAGUCACAUGAUAUCACUAUUUUGAGCAAGACGGAAAACAUAUCUGAAGUCAUGAUUUAAAAAAAAAAAGUAACUUGCUCAGUGUCUUACAAUAUUGCUUUGUGGAAUGUAGGUUUAAUGUACUCAAUGAAUGUGUUAAUUCCCAAAUUGGGAAGUGAAUUUCCAUACCCAUGCUGAUAAAUGCUCCCCCUUAUAGCUGUCAAACAGGAAAUAUUUUUUUAAAAGUACAUUACCAAAAAAUCA